GAGUUAUAGAGAGCGUUCCAUAAUAAAUUUAUAUUCUCAGCAAAACAUGGCUGACGUAUCUCGGAAAAAAGCCCAUUUAAAACAUGCAAAAAGGAGGCUUGAAGCUCUAAAUUUCUUGUCUAACAUUUCACUCGACGGGACUCUACCUUCUAAGGAAACGUCUGAAACAUCUAACAAAGAAAAUGAUAAAUUUGAUGCAGAGAAUGGCACCGAUUUGGGGACCAAAUGUCUGGAGAGUUCUCGCAGCGAGAAGAACGCAGCAACUGGAGGAAUAUCUACCGGGCCAGUGCCGGGGUUGAAUCAAGCUAGGUCUAUGGUGGACACGCCCAAUAGCAGCACGGGGAAUCGAGGUCGAAGCCGAAGUAGGCGAACGUCCGGUGGCGGUGGAGAAAAGAGUCCUCCAUUCAGCUCUUACAAACAUGAUUCACCCUUUUAUCAUUCAAGUAGCUUCUCAGGAUCCAGUGAAUACUCCAAGAGGCGUCUCUUUCACCACCAGCAGUCCAUGGACUUCUCGGGCUCACUCACCUUGGUAACCGAGGGAGAGACUUGCAUGCUUCCCUCGUCACAAGCGACGUGCUCCGUUGAGUCUCCGAAAGAGCGCUCCCCUCCCUCUGGAUUUCAGUUACCUGUGUCUAAAACAUUCCGUCGGCGCAUGUGUAGAAAUGAAAGAAUGUUGCUAGUUACACCACACCAUUCGCCCUUUGUGAUGUACUCUCUCUUGCCAUACACCAGGCGAAGUCAACUUGGUAUUUACAGGAAGGAAUCAGAAGCCGGGUCUUUUGCAAGGACAAGACGAACGUCCGGGAGUAAACCUCUGACAGUCAGAAGCGAUGACUUCCUGGCCAAGUUGGAUGGUGUGGAGCUUGGGGAUGAAGGGACUGUUGUAUCAUUCAGUCACUUCUUGGUGCCCAACAGAGAGAUCAGUUUGAUCCUGUAUCGUAGGCACCUCCAGGAGCGUGAACAACUCUCCUCGGCCUCCCCUCACUCUCCUGCCAUACGCAAGAUGACCCUCACCAAUGUCUCACCGCUCCAGUGGGACAAAAUUGAAGUCGAUGGUCACACUACUGAUCACCCAUCCCUCGCUCAACGAAUCUAUGACCCUGGUGAACUUGACGAUCCGGAACUCAGUCUCGGAAAGCAUCGCAAACUUCUUACUUUUUCAUCGUAUAUGGUAUCUGUUGUGGAUUACACCAAACCGUCAGAGCUGAAGAAGGAACUGAAUAAUAAAUUCAAAGAACGAUUUCCAAACAUCGAUCUUAGUCUGAGUAAACUACGAAGCUUAAAACGUGAGAUGAAGAAGGUUUCAGACAACUGUUCACUUGAUCCGUGGAUCUUGGCCGUCAGCUAUGUCUAUUUUGAGAAGCUUGUUAUGCAUCGGAAGAUCAAUAAGGAGAAUCGGAAAUCGUGCUCAGGUACUGCCCUUCUGCUUGCAGCCAAGUUGAACGAUGUGAAAGGAGCUGAUCUACAAAACCUUAUCAAGGAAAUUGAGUCCGUGUUUCGGGAGAGCCUUAAGACCCUCAUCGCCUUUGAGUUCCCGAUCCUGGUCGCCCUGGAGUUCUCACUCCAUGUCCCUGAACAUGAAGUAAUGCCCCACUACAAACGUAUCAUCCAACAAUCAUGACACCACAAUUCACCAACACAGCUACACCUGGGGCGGUAUUCUGAGGUCAUUUUAUCUUUAAAAUUUUUCAUUUUAUCUCUUAAAAUGAAAUUGAUAUUCUCAGAUUACAUUUUAUCUCUCAGAUAAAAUUUAAAAUUUUAUCUUGCGUAUCUAUGAUGAUACGCAACAGAGCAGUGGCUAUGUAGACAUACCCAUCGCGUAUCUGGCCAUUGCAACGCGGGUGAUGUGCUUGCACCCAAGUUACUUUGAAGAAAAAAUAAAAUAACCUUAAAAGAGGGUAGGGGCUAUUUUAUCUCCGCGACGUUGAUUUCGUCAAUAUUUCUAGGUGAAUAAACUCCAAAUAUUGGCAUGAAAAUUAAGAAAAAUGAUAUAUUCAUUGAGAACAACACCUUAAAGUUAUUCCUGUACAAUCAGGAAGCAUUUCAUAAGACUUUUCUUGACUAAUAUUGUCUUUGAAAUGAUGCUUGAAAAGAUGCGA